UCAUCCAGAUGUACCAGCUUUUGUCUCCAUGCCACUAGCUUUCCUAUAUAAGCCCGAGUCCCUUCUCUUCCCUCUCACGCUCCAAGCCUCUAGUUCCAAGCAAACGUAUUCGACCAUCACCACCAAUCUUCUCUCUUCUUGAGCAUCCAGGCAGCCAGAAAAUCCAGAGACAGUCUAUGGCUUCAAGUGGGAUUCGCAUGGGCCUAAUCCUGGUCCUUGUGGGAAUGCUAUAUGGUAGAGCCAUGGCUCAAUCAGGCUGCAGUAAUGCACUCACAAGCCUGGCUUCAUGUCUCAACUAUGUUACAGGAAAUUCAACGACCCCAUCAUCUACUUGCUGCUUGCAGCUAGCCAAUGUCGUCCAAUCAUCACCACAAUGUCUUUGCUCGCUGCUCAAUAACAAUGGUCCUUCACUGGGUAUCACCAUAAAUCAAACUCUGGCCCUGUCGCUCCCUGGUGCUUGUAAAGUGCAAACCCCUCCAAUCAGCCAGUGCAAGGCUGCGACUGCUCCCACGACUUCAGCAGCUCCGCCAACAACUUUAGCAGCUCCACCAACCACAUCAGCAAUUCCACCAGCCACUUCUCCAGCAGAUUCAUCUAACAAAACACCUGAGCCAGCACUUACUCCAUCAGCAUCAGAGGUUCCUUCUUCAUCAGGAACUGAAUCAAAAACAGUCCCAUCAACAGAUGGAACAUCAGAUGGAAGUAUCAUCAAAGCAUCCCUUCAUUUCAUGCUCUUCGCUUUCUUCAUUGUGUGGUGCGGUUCAACUGUCACCAAAUUCUGAAUCUGAAUCUUGCAGAGCGAUUUGUGGCUUGCUGUAGUGUUGAUUAUGAUUCUUUUAUCCGAUUUUGUGCUAGUCUGUUAAAAGAUGAUUCUUGAUUCUAUGGCCAAAGUGUGAUUGUAUUAUUUGUUUGAUUUGCUUAAUGACAAAUAAAUAAAAGAUCCUAUUAAUUGGUACUUUCAUGAAAAA